GGUGACCCUACCUUGACUUGACUUGAACAAUUCAACAUUUCUUGUCUUUUCUUGUCUUUUUCUUUACUGGACGGCCCUGCCUCUGGUGUCUGAUAGUGGGAGUCCGUUUUUUCACUAAAACGGCCCAUCUUAUUCGUCCCUUCGCCCAGUUUAUAUCCUACUAUGACCCGGAGAAGUGGAAGCUCAGAUGGAACUUUCUACUUUCAGGCCUGGCACAUCAACCGAGUUGUGAGCGCCGAGACAUGGACUCAAAAUAAGGAGAUUGCCGACUUUGUCGAGCAACAUCUGAGCCCGGAUGCGAAGAGAUGGCUCUUUGUCAAGGCCUGCGUGCCUACCAAGGAACGACCUGGCCUUGUUGUGCCUGUUUCUAUCAGCGUCAAACUCCGUGCUGCAAAGGUCGGACAAGACCCAAUGGACGCGAAGCGAGCUCUUCUCCAAUUCCGUAACAAAGAGUAUCCGUCCAUUGCAAGGAGCUUCUUCAUCACUAGACUGCGAAAGACGCUCGACUUCUUCAAUGCCUAUUCCGAGGGCGCAGAGUCGGACUCGUUUCUGGCCGACUUCAAGGUUGUCAAGUCUUCCAAGCAGUUGAAGGAGAGGAUUCAAGGAGCGAUGAAAGCCAUCAAGAGAGAUGCGUGGGGUGAUAUUGUGCAAGGAUUGUCUGUCAGUGCUUCUCCGGAGCCGGUGUUCAAGGCGGCCAAGUUCAUCGCGAGGCGAGGUCCAGACCCCGCCUCCAACCCCCACCUCCUGCCUGCCACACCGCUCCAGAAUCCAUUGCCUCUUCCGGAUAUUGUCGUGACUGCUGCUGCCGAGCCCGAGCAGUCUCUCCGCCCUAGAAAGGCCUCGGAUGCCUCUGACCAUACCGUUGGCUCCACUGAUGCGUCUGGCUCUGACGCGGGCUCCACGUGCUCCGUCGAAACCACCCAAUCUUCCGUCAUUGUCGAGGAGUGCUCCUCCAAGACACAUGAUGGAGAUGCAAAGGAGCCUUCUUCUGAGUCGUCCAUGACCCCGGUGGAAGAUGGAGUAGUACCCACGACGACUCCGGAUGCCGAAGAGGCCCCCAGUCUUGGUGCAACCGACGAUACUAGUGCCGCUGUUGAGACUCCUGCUGCCAAGACCCCUGAUAUCGCCAUUACCGCCGAUUCGUCAGAAGCAUUAUGCCUGGAGAUGAUGGCGGAAGUUGCCGACACUACAAGUACUAGUAUUGCUUCCUCGUCAGGCGUUGUGGCGACUCGAAGAAAGAUGAACUGUGUCUUGUCUCCCGAGAACACACAGACAGCCUACUUCAUCCUACAAAAUAGCGGCAACUGGCUUCAGUAUUUGAUGACCGGCCGUGCCAAGAACGCUCAACAACUGACAUCUGCCCUUUUCCACUCGCCAAUCAUCCUCGCUGCGACAAUUUCUCCUUUCGAGGCCGCAAGGCCAGACGGGAUGAUGGAAGUGUUCUUUAUGUCACAGGCUAGAGAGCAUCAGGAUGAAGCGGUUCACGACACGAAUGGUAGUUUGGUUCGCACUCGCAAGGGAAGGAAACCCGUACGGGAAUGGGUUGUCGGAUCCGCCAGAAUCUCAACCCGUGCCCUCACAAUGCAUCUUGGGAAACAGCUCGAGAAGAGGAAAGUCAGGCUCCUGCCAGCGGCUUCGCCCGCGGUGCGCAAGGUCGACUCGGUCGUCGGUCCCAACAACCGACUGAUAGAGAUGACUGUCGCGCCAGGCAUUCCUCAGGCUGUAUUAGUCUCAACGCCCCAUCCUGUCGAGCAUGUCCGGGAGGGCGACAUUGUCGAGGAGGAGAGAGAUGAUGGCUUUGUUCAUAUCGAGACCAACAUUGCCAACAGAAUAGUAGAGGUGGCCUCGUCGGUGGAUGAUGCAAACGAAAACACCGAGAGGAAGACUAAGAGGGAGAGGAGAGUGAAGAAGGCUGAGAAGAAGCCGCGCUCCAAGGGCAAAGCCCCGCUCGUCAAGACCGACAAACCCAAAACGAAGACCAAGACCGGCGCCAAGACCAAGAUGAAGAAGGCCGAGACGGAUCAGAAGACAAAUACCGGUGAUUUGAAUGCGAGGGCAGAUGUCAAGUCUGACAUCAAGGUCGAUGCCAACGGCGUCCCGCCUCGCAAACCUUCCAAGGUAUAUACUCCUCCUUUCAGUCGCAAAUCUUGGCGAGAUGUGGAGCCUCAAGAGCCACAGGUAAUCUACGACACCAUGAGCGGAUACGACUUUUUGCAAGUCGACGACGUUCAGGUCUUUUCGUUUUCGAGCUCGUCGCACGACAUGAUGCUGCGCACGUCUCCCGCUGCCACCCGCACCGCGGCGGUCGAAGAGAGCGAGGGCAUUGGCGUUUGGGCGCCUCCUGUAGUCGGCAUUUUCUCCUGGAUGUGGGAUCAUUUGAGCCCGGGUGGGUGGUCUUCCAAGGCUACCACUGCGGCGCACUGAUGGAAACCCCGUAUCAAGGAUUGAGAAUGAAGAGUGUGGGGAGCGAACGAAUCUUAUGUGCACGACGAAAUGAAGGCGGAACGCGCAAUCUCAGCCCUGAAUCCAAGGUCUUUUGCGAUUUGAUUUUUCAAGCAUUGCGAUGGCGCUUGGGUCUCUCUCUCUUUUUUGAACAACCACUUUGCCUCUAAUCU